CAAUUAAGUUGCGAAAUCCAUACUUCCGAUUUGAUUAUUACGAUGAGGAAAAACAAAUUAUAAUUGGAAAUAUUUACCGUAGUAGGACAACACAGCAGGCAUGGCGACCUUUCCAACAGUUACAGGCUUUCUUCAAUUUACUGUUGCCAUCAUCAUCGUCCUUCAGUGUGUUUCACAAACAAACGCUAGUUAUGAAGAUGCACGAUGCAAAUGUGUUUGUGAUUUAGAAAGAAAUGGAACAAAACCAGAACGGACAGUUUAUGUACAAACAGUAGGAAAUCAGGAAUGCAAGUGUGACACUGUGGCACUCCCAAAGAACCCUGAAAUCUUUUGUCCACGAUGUGAAUGUUCCAAGGAGAGUAGAAACACCACAACUAUCAAGGUGGUGGUGAUCUUCAUCAUCUGCGUGGUGUCGCUGCUGAUGGUGUACAUGCUGUUCCUGAUGUGUCUGGACCCUCUGAUUGCACGUCGACCCGCACACUAUCAGGAACAUGCAGACGAGGAGGUGAAUUUGGAUGACCUGAGCAUGCCCCGGAUGUCGCCGCUCGAGACGGCAGCAGCAGCGUCAGCAUCCACGCGGCAGAGGUCAAUCCUCAAUCGCGUGUCCGAUGAGCAGAAGAAGUGGAAGGGGACUGUGAAGGAACAGAGGAAACACAUUUACGACCGCCAUUCCAUGCUGAACUGAAGCCGGCAAGGAAAUAAUGAUCCAGAGCAGAUUAUUGGCUGAAUCUCAACAAGCACUACAUCACUUACCAUCAACCCAGGUGUAGCUUAAAGUACCUUCAGUAUUUCUGGAAGUUGAAUAAAUUGUUACUGUUAGUUAUCAUUGAGGAAAACAUGGUGACGAGUCCAAGAUCUUUCACAGUUAGAGAUGUCUGAGGGUUAAAAUUCCUAUAUUAUGUCAGGGAGUUGAAUACGUUACUUUUAAUUCAAACUGCUGAGGAUAAUAUGAAGGGGAUCCAGGACUUUUCAGUGUUAUUGGUAUACCUGUGUGUAGCUUCAGAUACUUCCCUCCGUGAAGCUAUCAGACUUAUUUAACCUUGUUAUGGCUGUAUGACUGUUAUACUCAACAUCUUCUAAUGAACAUGAUGAAACCACUGAACAUGUUCAAUAUUAUGCAUAUAUUCAAACACAGGUACAGCUUUUCUUCAGAAGGGUGUCCACAAUGUUUUUCAACAUGCUUUUAAAAGUGUUUAAUGAUCUUAUAUCAUUCAUUUGACAAACAAAUUGUGCUUGUGAGCCGCAAAUGAUUC